GCUGGGCAGUUUUUCAGUUCUAGGGUUUCGUUUAUUUGGAUUAUUAGUUUCUUUUGUUUUUGUUAUUUAUGAUGAAUGAUAAAGAAGAACUAUGUUUAAUGGUCAUUUGAAAGUGUAAUGGAAAACUAUGAAAGACACCUUCUUCUUUUUUUCACAGUUGAAUUUGUUUGAUUCAUUGUAUUAGUAAUUUGGUGCGGUUUUCUUGUUUUUGCUUUCAUGAUUGAUUAUCUCCUUCUUGGAGUUAAAAGUUUGUAGCUAGGUAUGAUUAAUCCCAGAUGCUAGGCAGUCAAUGCUUGCUGAAAAUUCAUUUGUAAUCCUAUUUAGUUACAUUUUUAAGUUCUAGGAAUUACAUACAGAGACAAAGAGAAAGAGAAGAAGUAGAGGUUGGGGAGCUUAUUGAAAGCAUGUGCAUCGGGCCUGCCAAACCCCUAGCAUCUGUAAGCUUACUUCACAUGCAUUGAGUUCUUCUUCUUCUUGUUUUUCUUUUCCUCAUCAAUGAUUUUCUUUCUGCCUCACGACUCAGGACCAUUAUUUGAGUAGAUUUUCUUCACUGAUUAAUUUUGUUCAUUAUUUUUGAGUUUUUGCUAGUUUAGGGUUUUUUGAAAGACUUAUCUAGGGUUUGAGAGACAUGAUGUGACGAAGUUUUGUAGUAAUUGAAUUGGUUUGCUUAAUGAGAUACUUCUUUGUGUCAGUUUCAUGGUUGUGUUUCUUAAUAUUCUUUACUGUAAAUUUCAUGGUAGCUGAUUUAUAGAACUCAUUUUCAUAGGUUAGUAACUUCCAGGUCCUUCACGACUCUUGUGUUUAAGAGAUGGAGAAUACGUCGCCUCUGACAUUGGUUGUGCCUGAGCACAUUCUUGGCCCGUUGUUUGUUAGUGCAAAUUGUGCCAAAUUAGACCAAGCCCUUGAAAAUCUUAAAGAAACUGCUAAAACUCCUGACGGUCGUUUGAAACUUUCUUCAGUGAAGAUCCUACCUAUAGUUCUUGACCUCACAAGGUCUCAAAUCUUCUCUUCAAAUCAUUAUAUUCUAUUGUUGUCUUUUAAACUUCUUAGAGACCUUUGUGCGGGAGAAAUAUUGAAUCAAAAUUGCUUUAUAGAGGAAGAUGGGGUCAACGUUGUUGCUAGGGCAUUGGAUUUAAUUAAUUUUGAUGCUAACUCUAGUGAUGAGAUUAUCGAGAUUAUCAGGUUUGGCUUGGAGCUUCUAGGAAAUGUAUGUGGAGCAGGGGAAGAACAUCAGGCUGCUGUUUGGUCUCAACUUUUUCCUGUUGUAUUUAAAGAUAUUGCUGGGCUUCGGGUGAAAAAAACUUCUGAUGUACUGAGUAUGGUUAUAUAUUCUUGCUGCCACGGAAGUAGUGAAAUAAUGAGACAGCUUUGUGAGGUUCCAGGCUUACGGAUUGUUGCAGAAAUUGUUAGAACUGCUUCAAGAGAUGGUCUUGAAGAAGAUUGGUUGUUGGGGCUUCUUGCAAAAAUCUGCCUCGAGGAAGCUUAUUUUUCACCAUUAUUUUUUAUGUUGAGCACAACUGGUGCACACGAGCAGAACAAUAAUUUGAAGGAGACUGGUGACAUCUUUACCCUAGAAAAUGGAUUUCUAUUGAGUAUCCUCUUUGGGAGCUUGAACAAGAAACGUGAUGAAAAUGUAUCCAAGGAGUUCGCUCUCUCCAUUCUUGGAAUACUGAAGAGAGUUGUUACAGUAGUUAAUUUUUUCUCGAGAGGCCAAUCUACGCUUCCAACUGGUGCUCCUGCAGUUGAUAUUCUUGGUAUUCAAUUAACAUUUUAAGGGAUAUUUGUGCACAUGAUAGAGAUAAUUUAGGAACUGAAGAAUCAGUUGCUAUUGUUGAUUUAUUACUGUCAUCAGGACUUUUAGAUCUUCUUAUAGAUUUUCUUCGUGAGCUGGGUCCCCCUUUGACAAUCAAGAAAUCUAUUCGACAAGAGAGCACAUCUAUACAAUUGAAGGUUUGCCCUUAUAAAGGGUUUAGGAGGGAUAUAGUUGCUGUUAUCGCUAAUUGUUUGUACGGGAUGAAGCAUGUGCAAGAUGAAAUUAGGCAGAAAGAUGCUAUCCUUUUGCUGUUGCAACAGUGUGUUACUGAUGAUUAUAAUGAGUUUUUGAGGGAAUAUGGAAUACGGGCAGUGAGGAAUUUGCUUGAGGGAAACGAAGAGAACCAAAAAGUAGUCGCAGAAUUGGAGAUUCAAGGGUCUGCAAAUGUUCCUGAACUUGCUGAGCUUGGGUUUCAGAUGGAACUAGACCCGCAUACUCGGCGUGCUAAGCUUGUCAACAUCUCACCGUGUUAGAUGCUCCUGAACUUGGUGAGCUUGGCUUUCUUGUUUCUUUUGUUUUUGUUGUUUAUGAGAACUAUGUCCAACGGUCAACUGAAAGCAGUUUAAUGCAAACUAUGGAUGAAACCCUUUUUUUUAAUGCUCAGAGUUAGAUUUGUUGUA